UCUGUAAAGAAGCCCACGUGGCUUCAUCUGCAUGGAUUUACCAUUGGGAUAUAUGAUAUGGCUAAUCUGAGCAAAGCUUGCAGCAAUGUGGCAGCCAUCAAUCUGAAUGUCCUGCACCAGUUCAAACCAGGGAAGCCAUCGGAAUGGAUUUGCAAAGAACCAAACUCAAAAGUCCAGUGGCAGGUGGCGGUUGAUCCUGAGACUGGCUCUCAAGACGAGCUGUUUGUGCGAGGCAAUCAGGUGGUGUGGUAUUGUGGACUGACGCCAGAGUUAAAGAUUGCUAGGGUGUCGUACAGUGUGGAGACAACAGUGUUGCAGGCAUUGUGGUGUCAGUUUGAGGACAGCUCCAGACAUGACACAACAGAUGGUGGCUGUCAAAAGCUGAGAGGAGUGUGUAUAAGAGAGCAGGAGUGCCUCACUCUCUACCUACUCACUGGAGCAGUACACUAUGUCACCCUGCCAUUUCAGGUUCGGUGUGUUUGGUCCCUUGCCAAUGGUCUGCUGGUGGAGAGGAGUAUUCCGAGCGAUGGUGGGUGUGGUCUGGAGGGUUUGCCUACUCUUUUUACGCUCUUGCACCCCUCUGAUGACCUUUGCCCUGUUACAUCGCGAAGACCAGCAGAAGCCUCGGUGGAUGUCACGGUGCUCGGUUUCUUCAGCGACCCUCAUCAACGAGUGCUCUGUGUUUGUGCUGAUGGAGAGGGGGAGCCACUGGUCGUCACUCACAACCUGUUGUCAAGGCAACACUCUAUCUGGUCGGCGCAAAGAGCUACUCAGAAUGAUGUCCCUGCUCAUGUGAUGACUCCCACGAAGCCAGCCUCUAAUCUGUCGACAUCACAGCACCCUCUCAGCUCCUCCGCACCUAGUUACUAUGACAAUGAGACCACACCCUCUAACCUAAUGGACACUCCGGUGGAAAUGUUACUAAGUGCACAAAGACUAAGGAAUGGAAAAGACCACGCCCACAUGCCACUCCUCACGCAAGUACAGCGACGAGGGGUGAUGGGUAGUAGCGGGAAAAGGGACAGUGGAAGUGGGGCCAAAGGUCACAUGACAGGGAGAUCCCCUUACAUCACACGGUUACAGACACCUCACGACGGACCUACUUCUGUGGCCAAGCUGCGCUCUAAGUCCCUCUCUCCGCACAUCCUGGCUCGGAUCUCGCCCUUCUCCCAGGCCGUCAACUCCCACUCUUGGUCCACCUUCUACUCCGACGAGUUCUCCUUUGGUCGCAAGUUUGAACCACUUUUUCCGCAGGUCUGCCUCAGACGAUUAUGGAAGGAGGGUGAAGGAGUCCCCGGGCCACUUUCUGAGGUUGCCACCGUCCACAAGACGACUGACUUCAUUGGACACCAGUACCUUGUUUUGUGUCUGUCUAAUCUGCAGCAGCUGUGGCUGAUUCCCAGCGCAUCGGAGGAGGGGAAACCUCCCUCGUUUGGGGCUGUGACCAGGCUGGUGGGUGUACAGGUGGUUCCGAUUAAAGGACAGCCAUUUUUUGUGGCACUGGAUGUUAGUGGAGACUUGUCACUUUACAGUGGAGUAUACAAGGUUGCAAAUCUCAGCACUCAGUAUCUGCUCACCCAGUCAAUUACUGAUGCGGUUCCCAUGGAAAUGGAUGAUACCACGCCCACUCUCUCGUCAGCAGUCAGUGACAUACGUGACCCCCUCAACGAGACGUUCACUGUGGUGCUCGGCUCGGGAGAGAUGUUCCGCUGCUCUGUGUUGCAGCUGUUCAGACAUCCAACAGUGAGCCUGUGCCUGCGAGCCUUGAGGAAGCUGCUCCCUCCUCCCCUCACUGCAGAGCUAUUAACCAGUUACUACAACUCUUCUCACCAUCUCCCUACGUCCCGGCUACCCCAACACUUUUACUCUUGGCUCUUAUCCUGUCUCGGUAUGGGUGGAGCUACAAUCGAGUCGUCAUGGCAACAACUACAAGGACGAAUCGAAUUGGACAAUUUGAUGGCUGCCAUGCCUGCACUGAAACUGUUUAGCAGUGAUAUUGUAGGAGAGGUAGCUACCUCGUAUAAAGCCCCACCCACCUGCACCACCCCCUGUCCUUGUCUCAAGGACCACACAGAAACAGUACUGUGGGCUCUACACCUCGUGUAUGAGGAGCUGAAGCUGAGGACUCUGUUUGGAGACAGUCUACCACAGCUGGCAGGACUGCUCUCUCAGAUCAGCUCAUCUCUCGGUCCCCCGGCUAGUGCAUACGCUGACCAUUACUGGAGGGACUUUCCCCACCUAGUCACGCCCACUGUGUCACCAGGGCAACCCUCCACACAGUCACCCCCUCAUAUACUGCAGUGGCUCACACACACCCUAACCAACAAGCCAGUUGGGCUUUUUCCUACCCUCCCUGAUGUGUGCACGCAUACUGCAAAGAUGCUCAAGCUGUACUCACUGUUCUGUGCUGGAAAGGGGGGCAGCGUUGAGUUGAACAGUGUGCUUAACAUCAUGGGUCAAGGACAAGACACACAACACCAUCAACAGAAAUUCAGAGAGAUUCAGGAGUCCUCGUCUCUGCCGUGGGAGAGAGUGGUGCUGUGUCUGGUGGAGGAAGGGCUUCUAUUGUCGGACAUUGAGACAUUACCAGUGGGUGUGGCACUUCCUCUUUGGGACAGCAUUAUCCGCUGCCAAGAGAACCCACCUUCAACCUGGCCACAGGCUGCCUAUGACUUCAUUGAUCGACGGGACAUUUUGGAAUCGUUACAAAUGACCUCUGAUUACAGCUAUCUCAAAAUGGAGGACCCAAAAGACGGUAGUGAUGGCAUGGACAUAAACCAAGAGAUUCUUCAACUGCGUUUCCCAGGUGACCAGAGGGUGGGUUUGGUCAAGAGGUUUCUCCAGUCUGUCAGUCCAGUCAGAAUUGCCCUCACCCAGAAACCAGAAGUCAGUGACCAUGACUUCCUGGAGCAACAGGAGAGUCACCUGCUCAUGCUCUGUCAGAGGACAAUGGCCCUGCCGGUGGGGAGGGGAAUGUUCACCAUCUCUACAACAAAACCGUUGCCGACAGCACACCUGGCGAUCCCCAAACUUAACUUGAGUGGGCGUGUCCCUCCCAAGAACUCUGCCGUCGGUCUCGACCACAUUGACAAGCCAGCCGAUAUGAGUGUAUGGGCGGAGUUUCACAAUGGUGUCGCAGCUGGACUCAAGAUUGCACCCGGGAUGUCACAGUUAAAUCGAGCAUGGAUAGUGUACAAUCGUCCAUCUUCUGAAGUCUCACCAAACGAGUAUGCCGGGUUCCUGAUGGCCCUCGGCCUUCAAGGUCACCUGGUUUCCGUGCCAGAUUAUGAAUUGUACAACCAUCUCAAGGAGAAGCAUGAGCUGACGACUAUCGGACUGUUGCUAGGGGUUUCCACAUCUCGUUCUGGCACAGUUAGUCUCCCCUUGUCCAGUCUCCUGGCGAUCUACUUCCCCCCUCUCCUCCCCCACGGCUCGGCAGAUAUGGAGAUACCCUCUUCUAUACAGACGACUGCCAUGUUGGGCCUGGGGCAUGUGUAUCGAGCCUCAGGCAAUCGUCACAUGGCCGAGGUGAUGCUGAAGGAGAUCGGACGAGGUCAGGGCCCAGAACUGGAGUUUGCUGAGGACAGGGAAUCUUACUCCCUCACGGCCGGGCUGGCUCUCGGGCUUGUCACUCUUGGGCUAGGCAAUUCCCCCCUGGGUCUAUCGGACCUCCAUCUGGUGGACCAGCUGUGUGUGCUCAUGAACGGAGGACCCAAGACCGAAGUGAUCACACCCAGAUCAGCCCCGCAGGGAUACCUCGUGUUGGAAGGAGAUCAAGUGAACACUCAUGUGACAGCUCCCGGGGCUAUACUAGCGCUCACCCUCAUGUACCUUAAGACCAACGACAGUGCUGUUGCUGCCACUCUAGAGGCCCCAUGCACACAGUAUGACCUGGAGGGAAUUAGACCAGACUUUCUACUGCUCAGGGCUCUCGGACAUUGUCUGAUUAUGUGGGACUCAGUUGAGCCGUCAGUGGAGUGGAUCAAAGCAAGCCAUUUGCCAUCAAUUGUAUCAGAGCACGCGUUUCAAGGCAAGCACAGUGAGAAGAUUGACUAUCAGACAUUGAGUCAGGCCUAUGUCAACAUUCUGGCUGGCUCCUGCUUGGGUAUGGGACUACGCUUUGCUGGGACGUGUGACACCCAAGCUAAACAUUGCUUGCUGGAGUGUGUGAGGGAGUUGCUGACAAAGCUUGAGUCGUCGAGAGUAGAGCAAGUCGGCAAACCAUGUCUUGAGAGGUGUGUCGUCACCAUGGUGCUAGCCCUCGCUGUGGUGAUGAGUGGGUCAGGUGACCUGGAUGUGUUGAGGAUGAUUCGUCGACUGAGACUGAGUCAUUCAGAGGUGGCGUACGGUUCUCACAUGGCUGUCCACAUGGCACUCGGCCUGCUCUUCAUUGGAGGAGGGAGGUACUCUCUAAGUCGUAGCAACGAGUCUAUCGCAGCUCUCUUGAUCUCCCUCUACCCCGUAUUCCCCCAGGCUAGCACUGACAACCGCUACCACCUUCAGGCAUUCAGGCACCUCUAUGUCCUGGCCGCAGAGACCAGGGCACUCGUCACGCGAGACGUGCAAACUGGUAAAACUUGUUCCGUUGACGUUGAGAUCUGGACUGGCGACAGUGUAAAACGUGCCACCACUCCUUGUAUUGUUCCGGAUUGGAACAGCAUUGACAAGAUUUGUGUGUGCAGUGAGUCUCAUUGGCCGAUGACCUUUGACCUUCAAUCAAGCCUGCACAGCAAGCUAAAGCACACCUUACCCAAGUCUGGUUGUGUCACUGUUAAGAGGAGAACUACAAAGUUGACAGAGAGCAGUCUUCACCAGUGGAAGUGUGGGCUGGGUAUGGUGAGGGGAGUGAUCGAUUUGUCACCAUCUGAUCUCCCCGGUGAUUCUGUUGUGAGAAUGCUGUGUCAGCAUCUUGCUCUACCGCAUAUGCAAGAGGAAUGUCCCUGGACCAAGUUUCUUGUGGCUUGUCUGUUAGAGUGUGUGAAGAAAGAGAAGCUUCAAAUAUUUCCAUGUCUGCUUCAAUUGGAACAGUACACCCUGAAGGCAUUCAAUUUCAAUGAACAAUCAAAUACACACUUCUUGUGGCAAAUCAAGCUAGCCCAGGCAUUGAGUCUCCGUGGCAACUGUAACCAAGGCAAUAUCGUAGAGAGGGAGUUUACCGAUCGGUUGGUUAUGAGACUGAAGAACUGUCUGGAAGAGAAAGCAGUCCAAGUGUUUGGCUCUGUUCAGAAACUGAAUGAGCUGGAGAGUGUGUACCUGAGGGGGAGUCCCUAUGUGACUGUGUCAGAGGAGGAAGGUCGACUGUUGGCCUCAGCUCUAGUGCUCUGGGGCUUGCCUCACUCUACUCAACUGGGCACUGGGGGACCAGCGGUUGUACAGUAUCUAUUGGCCAGUUAAUGUCUUCAGAUAAUGUGCCUCAACACAAACAAUGUCAUUUGUCAUACAUGUAUGUCAAUGGCAUACUGUUCUGUUUAUUCAUGGUUUAUUGUUGUUGUCAAAAUUACUGAGAAUGCAUUCCUGUGGUGUACUGAUGUUUCGAUAUUCUUUUUUAAUUGGACGACCUUUGCCAUAAUACUAUAUCCUGACCAUAAAACGUAACAUAACAGA